UAUGCAGCGGCACGUGGUGGCGCAAGAUGUGUUUAUAAAAACAACGUGUUUUCUUAAAGUCUGUGUUUCCCCGAUUGAAACUAUGAAGUUGUAGUAGCAAUGUCUACAAGUUCAGACUACGCUUCUGAUGACGAUUUUCUACCAGUUUGGCAUAACGAACGAGAGGAAAAUGAUCACAUUUCGUAUUCAAGUUAUAAAUCAAUGAAUCUGGUUGAAUUCAAGGAAGAUCCAUGCAAGGCCUUCGAGUCUGUUGUGAAUAAAAGUGCGGUUUUGAUCGCCGCCGUCGUUCAAAAUGAAGUCGACUUCCUUAAAUAUUUCUCAAAUUGCACAGAUUGGUCCAACAUCAAGCAUCCAGAAGAUGGUAAUUCUCUCCUACAAAUUGGCAUCAUCCACCAAAAGAAAGAAAUUUGUGACUACUUAAUGUCACUACCCGACUUUCCCUUGGACCAUGAGAACAACGACCACCUGACAGCGUUGGCUCUAGCCUUACGCGAAAAGGACGAAUUCUGUGACCACAUUUGCUACGAACUGAUUAAAAGAGGGGCAUCUGUUAACACAGUUUCGUUUAAAGAUGGCGUCACGCUUCUACACCACGCUUUGGAGAAAUCUUUGGUCAAAGUGUCAAAACUUCUAAUGGAGCUGGGUUACGACGUAAACGCGUUAACCAACGACCAAAUGUCGCCGCUGUGGUAUUGUAUAGACGCCAGCGCCAUAGAUGAAAUCGAAGCAGAGUUAGUAGCAGCUUUGUUGUAUCACGGCGCUGACCCGACAAUAGGGACGAUUUUCGGCUACAAUACUUUCGAAUAUGCGGUAAAAUUUUGUUCGUUUUCUGUAGAACAAGCGUUGUUUUACUACACUUUCGAUCAGUACACGUGUGUAGAUACCCAUUUCGAAGUACUCUUGACACUUGCCGACGAAAGAUCGCCGUUUUUUCACGAAACAGUUCAACGCACAAACAACGUCAUUUUGGGAAAUUCGUCCUUGAGCUACUACCACCUUCUGUUUUUAAUCGAUGUCGAGUAUUUGGAUGUUUUGAUAAAAAAAUGUGACGACGUAAUCGCCCAAGUUUUCGCUCAGGUUACCGCUACUGAUUACAAAAUGUGCAGUUUUUGCGAACGCAUGCUUCUUCGGAAUUUAGAUCUUCUUCUUGGAAGCGACUUACGUCACGACACCAUCAAUUUCAUCGUCACGUUUGGUGACAAAUUUUAUUUUUAUUUUUUGGUGGCUUUCGGCUAUGACGAAUCCGUUGUUGUUGAAAAUGUGUGUUAUUUGUUGUCGUACGGUUUGAGACUGAACGAGUCGCAUUUGAAGGCGUUUUAUAAACGGUACGGGUAUGGAGAAUUAUUGAAAAUAGCAUUGCAUAUGGAUAUAGAAAAAACCGUCAGCAAGCAAUAUAUUAAAAAUUCUUUGUUGGUGUUUAUAUAUGAUGUUAAUAUAACUUUGGAAAAUUAUUUGCAAGAUUCGAGUCCGUACUACCCUCCUCAGAAUCUAUGCGAACUGUUGCCUUAUUUUGUGCAUUCGAAGUUACAGGUACUGUGUCAGUAUGAAGGGAUUGAGAAUGCAGAUGUGUGGCUCAGUCGACCGACGGUUCCGUUGUUGGUCGAACUGGCUCGGAACGUUUUUCGUAGUUAUUUCAUCGAGAGGUUUAAUAUCAGAAACGCCAAACAGUUUUAUGCACUCAUUAAUGGACUUCCUGUAAGUCCUGUACAUAAAAAAAUUAUUACCUACGAAACGAAACUAUAUUAACAUUGUAAUAUUUCAAUGAUUCUGACUGACGUCACAUUAUUUUCAAAUAUUUCUUAUUAGAAGUAUGAUUUUUUCUAUUUUGUGUACGUAAUUGUUCAGA